UCUCGACGUCGCUCGCCUGCGUGGUGACGUGUGGCCACGCAAGCGCAGUCACUGGACAGAGCGAGAAAGCUGCAUUGAGAUCUGGAGACCAGAGGCCAACCACAAUCCCAAGCUGAGCCCCACACUUAGAGAUGGCGGACACACAGCGCCUGGCGUACUCCAUCAUCCAGUUCCUACACGACCAGUUGAACUCUGGGGGGCUGUCCUCGGACGCACAGGAGAGCUUAGAAGUUGCAGUCCAGUGCCUAGAAACAGCUUUCGGGGUUUCUAUUGACGACUCGAAUCUCGCGGUCUCGGAGACACUCCCAGAGCUCUUUGCAGCAGCCACACUCAAGCAGGCUCCUCGGGUAACAAUUAAUGCCAUGCCAGACUCCCCGACGGAGGAAGAGGCAGCUGAAGCAGAGAGACUCAAAACGGAAGGCAAUGAACAGAUGAAGGUAGAGAAUUUCGGACAAGCGGUCGAUUUCUAUUCAAAAGCUAUUGAGUUAAACCCACGCAAUGCAGUAUAUUUCUGCAACAGGGCUGCCGCAUACAGUAAGCUGGGGAACUAUGCUGGAGCAGUGCAGGACUGCGAGCGAGCCAUCAGCAUCGACCCGAACUACAGUAAAGCAUUCGGCAGAAUGGGGUUGGCCCUGGCUAGUUUAAAUAAGCACACAGAAGCAGUGAAUUACUACAAGAAAGCCUUGGAGCUUGACCCCGAUAACGACACGUACAAAUCCAACCUGAAAAUAGCAGAGCAGAAAAUGAAGGAGCUUCCCAGUCCAACAGGCGGUAUGGGUGGAGUUGACCUGGCUGGAUUGCUUAGCAACCCUGGCUUCAUGAACAUGGCAUCAUCUCUGAUGACCAACCCACAAGUACAACAACUAAUGUCUGGGAUGAUGUCAGGAUCAUACGGGCCAAUGGGAGCAACUGGUGCAGGAGCCGGGGCAGGACCAGGACCAGGAGUCGGAGUUGGAAGAGGAGGAGCAGGUCCAGGAGGUGCAGGGCCGAACGACCUAUCUGGCCUCAUCCAAGCGGGGCAGCAGUUUGCUCAGCAGAUGCAGCAGGAGAACCCUGAGCUGAUUGAACAGCUGAGAAGUCAGAUUCGGAGUCGGCCGCCUAGUGCCAGCAACGAGGAGCAGCCCUGACAGGCAGCCGAGUGGGAGUUUUGUUCAAUGUGACCGGAAGGCCAACUGUUUUUUGUUUGAAACUCCAGGCUU